CAAUGUCAGUAUCUCAAUAACCCAACAUUCACUUCCAUUAAUACACACAACUAUAACUCACCAAUCUUUUUCUCUCUCUCACUUUCCCAGAAAAUUUUCUUCUUUUCCUUUGCAAUUUUCUUUUCAAUAAAACUGGAAGGUCUUACUUCCAUUACUUAAUGAUUUUAACUUGGUUUUUGGUUUUCAUUCUUGCUGGGAUUUCAACAAUGGCUGAUGUCAAAAACCCAAAAGUUUUGGUCAGAUUAUCUCAUGUUCAUUAGAUUUUUUCCAGGCUUUCGAUUGAGAGCUUAACCAUGGCAACUCCUGUGAAUAUCAUUGUCGGUUCUCAUGUCUGGGUUGAAGACCCAGAUGAAGCUUGGAUUGAUGGGCAGGUUACCAAAAUCACUGGAAAAGAUGCCCAGAUUCAGACCACUAAUGGAAAAACGGUCACCGAAAAGUUAUCAAAAAUAUAUCCAAAAGACUUGGAAGCUCCUCCUGGUGGGGUUGAUGAUAUGACAAAGCUAUCUUACCUACAUGAGCCUGGAGUUCUGCAGAAUUUGAAAACUAGAUAUGAAUUGAAUGAAAUUUAUACUUAUACAGGAAAUAUCCUAAUUGCUAUAAAUCCAUUCCAAAGACUACCUCACAUCUAUGAUUCUCAUAUGAUGCAACAAUACAAGGGUGCUCCAUUUGGAGAACUAAGCCCUCAUGUUUUUGCAGUUGCAGAUGUUGCAUACAGGGCAAUGAUUAAUGAAUCGAAAAGCAAUUCAAUUCUGGUGAGUGGUGAAAGUGGAGCAGGUAAAACUGAGACGACAAAAAUGCUUAUGCGAUACCUUGCAUUUCUCGGCGGUCGAGUCGCCACUGAAGGACGAACAGUUGAACAACAAGUUCUUGAAUCUAAUCCGGUCCUUGAAGCAUUCGGCAAUGCUAAAACUGUUCGUAAUAACAAUUCCAGUCGUUUCGGUAAAUUUGUUGAGAUUCAGUUUGAUAAGCAUGGAAGAAUAUCAGGAGCAGCCAUCCGGACUUACCUUUUAGAGAGAUCUCGUGUUUGCCAAGUUUCUGACCCAGAACGCAACUAUCACUGUUUUUAUCUUCUUUGUGCUGCGCCAGCGGAGGAAGUUGAAAAGUACAAAUUGGGAAAACCCCAAAGCUAUCACUAUCUUAACCAGUCGCGUUGCUAUGAACUAGUAGGCGUAAGUGAUGCCCAUGAUUAUCUUGCUACAAGGAGAGCUAUGGAUAUUGUAGGAAUUAGUGAGAAAGAGCAGGAGGCAAUUUUCCGAGUCGUUGCGGCAAUUCUUCAUCUUGGAAACAUUGUAUUCGCUAAAGGAAAGGAGGUUGAUUCAUCUGUUCCGAAAGAUGACCAGGCUAAAUUCCACCUGAAUACAACAGCAGAGCUUCUUAUGUGUGAUGUUAAGGCCUUAGAAGAUGCAUUGUGUAAACGUGUUAUGGUCACACCCGAGGAAGUAAUAAAGCGAAGUCUCGAUCCACAAAGUGCUACAGUUAGCCGGGACGGUUUGGCUAAAACAUUAUAUUCACGAUUGUUUGACUGGUUGGUGGACAAAAUUAAUAAUUCAAUCGGACAAGAUCCAAACUCGAACUUCCUAAUCGGAGUCCUUGACAUCUACGGUUUUGAAAGCUUUAAGGCUAAUAGCUUUGAGCAGUUCUGUAUUAACUUUACAAAUGAGAAGUUGCAACAGCAUUUCAAUCAGCAUGUCUUCAAGAUGGAGCAAGAAGAGUACACAAAAGAGAAGAUUAACUGGAGCUACAUAGAAUUUGUUGAUAAUCAAGAUGUCCUGGAUCUUAUUGAAAAGAAACCAGGAGGAAUCGUUGCUCUUCUUGAUGAAGCUUGCAUGUUCCCGAAAUCAACUCAUGAAACUUUUGCAAACAAGCUUUAUCAGACGUUUAAGAACCACAAAAGAUUCAUCAAGCCGAAAUUGUCUCGCACUGAUUUCACCAUUGCUCAUUAUGCAGGAGAUGUCCUAUAUCAAUCUGAUCAAUUUCUGGACAAAAACAAGGAUUAUGUGGUUCCUGAGCAUCAAGACUUGUUGGGUGUUUCGAAAUGUCCAUUUGUAGCAGGCCUUUUCCCACCACUUCCAGAAGAAACAUCUAAAUCAUCCAAGUUUUCUUCGAUUGGUUCUCGUUUUAAGCUACAAUUACAGCAACUAAUGGAAACAUUAAACUCUACGGAACCGCACUACAUCCGAUGCGUAAAGCCUAACAACCAGCUUAAACCGGCUAUAUUUGAGAAUCAAAAUAUCAUGCAACAACUUCGUUGUGGAGGUGUUCUAGAGGCAAUUAGAAUCAGUAUGGCUGGCUAUCCAACUCGUAAACCUUUCUUCGAGUUCAUUAACCGGUUCGGACUUCUUUGUCCCGAGGCUCUGGAAGGAAACUAUGACGAAAAGGCUGCAUGCCAGAAGAUUUUGGAAAAGGCUGGACUUGAAGGAUUUCAGGUAGGUCUAACAAAGAUCUUUCUGAGAGCUGGUCAGAUGGCGGAACUAGAUGCACGGAGGGCAGAAGUACUCAGUAGUGCUGCAAAAACUAUACAACGCCGUAUUCGUACUCAUAUAUCUCGUAGAAGAUUCCUUGCAGUGCGAAAGGCCUCUGUCGAUAUCCAGUCUAUUUGUAGAGGAGUAUUGGCCUGCAAAUUUUAUCAAAACAUGAGAAGGCAGGCAGCAGCUUUGAAAAUCCAGAAGCACAUAAAGAGGCAUCAAGCUAGAGUAGCCUAUCGAAAACUCCACAUAUCUGCCCUUGUCUUACAGACAGGUUUGCGGGCAAUGGCCGCUCGAAGAGAAUUCCGAUCCAUGAAUUUAAAUAAAAAUGCAACUUUGCUUCAGGCUUGGUGGCUCUGUCGGAGAGCAGUUGUGUAUUAUAAGAAGCUCACAAGAAGUUGUAUUGUGACACAAACCCGGUGGAGAGGAAGAGUUGCUCGAAGAGAACUCCGAAAGCUCAAAAUGGCAGCGAGGGAAACCGGUGCACUGAAAGAAGCAAAGGAUAAGCUAGAAAAGAAUGUCGAGGAGCUUACAUGGCGUUUGCAGCUGGAGAAACGUUUGAGGACUGAUUUAGAAGAAGCAAAAGCUCAGGAGGUUAUGAAACUGCAAAACACAAUGCAAGAAAUGCAGAAAAUCAUCGAGGAAACCAAUGCAUUGCUUGCUAAAGAACGAGAGACUGCAAAGAAAGCCAUCGAAGAAGCGCCUCCGGUUAUUCAAGAGAAAGAAGUUCUCGUUGAAGAUACAAAGAAAGUUGAAUCUCUAACAGAAGAAGUGGAAAGCCUAAAGGCCUCAUUGGAAACAGAAAAACUGAGAGCUGAUGAGGCAGAAGGAAAGUACAAAGAACUCCAAGAAUCAAGUGAAGAAAAAAGAAAAAAACUGGAAGAAACAGAAAAAAAAGUUCAACAACUAGCUGACUCAAUGAGAGGGUUAGAAGAGAAGCUUGCUAAUAUAGAAUCAGAGAAUAAGGUGUUACGGCAACAGGCAGUAUCUAUCGCUCCCAAUAAGUUCCUUUCAGGGCGUUCGAGGUCGAUUUUGCAGAGAGGUUCAGAGAGUGGUCACUUGGAAGCAAGGGCAGCCAUUCCAGAUCUUCACAGCCCGUCACUGAACCUUCGGGAGCCUGCUGAAGUCGAGGAGAAACCACAAAAGUCAUUGAAUGAGAAACAACAGGAAAACCAGGAGUUACUCAUUCGAUGUAUCGCACAACAUUUAGGCUUUGCGGGGAACCGACCUAUUGCAGCCUGUAUCAUAUACAAAUGCCUUCUGCAAUGGAGAUCAUUUGAAGUCGAGCGAACCAGUGUCUUCGAUCGGAUCAUUCAGACUAUAGGGAAUGCUAUUGAGACCCAGGAUAACAAUGACAUCUUAGCCUACUGGUUAUCCAACGCCUCCACGCUUCUCUUGCUACUACAGCGCACAUUGAAAGCUAGCGGUGCCGCUGGAAUGACUCCACAACGCCGUCGAUCAUCAUCAGCUACUUUGUUUGGGAGAAUGACCCAAAGUUUCCGUGGAGCGCCACAAGGUGUCAAUCUCUCCUUAAUUAAUGGCGGCAUCAAUAGUGGGGUGGAUAGUCUGCGACAAGUCGAAGCCAAGUACCCGGCUUUGCUUUUUAAGCAGCAACUUACAGCAUAUGUAGAGAAGAUAUAUGGAAUGAUCAGAGAUAAUCUGAAGAAAGAAAUUUCACCAUUGCUUGGAUUAUGCAUCCAGGCACCAAGAACAUCCCGAGCAAGCUUAGUCAAGGGAGCAUCACGAUCCGUUGCGAAUACUGCAGGCCAACAGGCUUUGAUUGCUCACUGGCAAGGGAUUGUGAAGAGCCUUGGAAACUUCUUGAACACUUUGAAAGCAAAUUAUGUACCUCCAUUCUUAGUACGAAAGGUGUUCACACAAAUAUUCUCAUUUAUCAAUGUUCAACUAUUCAACAGUCUUUUGUUGAGGAGAGAGUGUUGUUCAUUCAGUAAUGGUGAAUACGUUAAAGCCGGAUUGGCUGAACUGGAACACUGGUGUUACAAAGCAACAGAUGAGUAUGCAGGUUCAGCUUGGGAUGAGCUCAAGCAUAUACGGCAGGCCAUUGGUUUCUUGGUAAUACAUCAAAAGCCAAAGAAAACACUGGACGAAAUAAGCCAUGAUCUUUGUCCGGUCCUUAGUAUACAGCAGCUAUACCGUAUAAGUACAAUGUAUUGGGAUGACAAGUACGGCACACAUAGUGUGUCCCCGGAUGUAAUAGCCAAUAUGAGAGUGUUAAUGACAGAAGAUUCCAACAAUGCAGUUAGUAAUUCCUUCCUGCUGGAUGAUGAUUCCAGUAUCCCCUUCUCUGUAGAUGACAUAUCGAAGUCAAUGGAACAAAUAGACAUUGCAGACAUUGAACCACCACCACUUAUUCGUGAGAACAUAGGCUUUAGUUUCUUGUUGCCACGUUCGGAUUAAUCGAAACACCAUUCAUGCAAUGAGUUGGUUUUAUAUUUCAAUCCUUCCACAUGUAGAUUUCAGCUUACAACCUUGUUUAUUGUGAAUGUCCUUAUAGUGGUUCAUUGAUUUUUUUUGCUUUACAUUUAGAUAUAUUGUCAUAUAUAGGUCAUCGAUUAAAAGCCCAAAAGUAACGGAUAAAAAAAAUAAUCAGAAUUUUUGCU